AUGAAAGUUUUUGGCUUGAUAAGCUGGUCAUUGCUAUCAUCUGUGGCCCUCGUUAGUGCCCAUGACAAGCAACAUACUGCUAAAAUAUAUAGAUUUGCCGACCAGACGACGAGCAACUCAUUAAACACAAUUGAGUUACCAUUGAAUGAUGCAAAAAUCUAUCUCGAUAAUGUGCUAGGCAAAGACCAAUCUAAAAUUGAUUUGCCUAGUAGUAGUAGUAGCAGCAGCAGCGGCGGCAGCGGCAGCGGUAGCAACGGUGAUGCGCUUAUCGAUGCAUUGAAUGAACAAUACGAAUACCAGGAGAAACAGAAUAAUAAACCUACGUUGGUGAUUAAUGUCAAAGGUGUUGAUUUUGAUGAAUUUUCAAAACCCAUUGUUCAAACUUCAGAUAAAAUCAACAAAUAUUUCAAAAAACAAAUGAAAGAAGAUGGUGCAGGUGUUCGGAAAUUGACUGAUGAGUUGCUGAUUAUUUCCCAAAGAAAGUACCCUGAGUUGUAUGCGCAUUUCAAAUACUUUCAAGAAAAGAAGGAUUAUAUUUGGAAAGAGUUUACCCUUAAUGGUGGAGCUGUUUCUGGUACUGGCUCUAAAGUUGGAAGUCAAAAUGUUUUGAAGAAUCAAUACAGUCCAAUAAAUGAUCAAUUAUUCAUCAAUGAAUUGGCAAUGUUGAUCCACUUGCAAGAGUUUGCACAAAAGGAGGCGCAAAUUAUUGACAAGUCAGAUGUAUUGUUAAUCACAUCAUCAUCGUUGUUAUCUAUUAGCCGUAAGAUUGGCAUGGAGGCUGAGACAUUUAUUCACGCCAAGCAAACUAUUGUCAAUUUGCUCACCGCAAUAUUGAGUCAGAAUUUCAAUAUUGUGGUGGUUGCUACCCCUACAACAAUGCAAGACAUUUCGCACUUACACAAGCGCUCAAGCGAACUUGUCAAGAAAGCUUCUGCUUCAAACGUGUUCAAAUACGGAACCAAAGAGGCAUGUGAGGUGGGCACAAACAAGUGCAACUCGCACGGAGAAUGUUCAAAAUUGACAACGAAAAAGAGUAGUAAGAGAAAAGAAAAUGCACAGGCGAAUGAGGAAGAAUGGGGAUGUGUGUGUCAACCAUCAUUUAACAAAACCAUUUCCAAAACAACUACAUGGGUAGGCUAUGAUUGUAGCAAAAAGGAUGUAUCAGUUGAAGCUAAUUUAUUCUUGUGGACUACCAUUGCUUUGCUCUUGGUCACAGUUGGUGGAAUCAAAUUGAUGAUGAGUAUUGGAAGUGGUCCAUUACCUGGAGUUUUGGAUGCAGCUACCCUUCCUGGUAAAAAGAAUCUUUAA